GCUGUGGUUCUUGAAAUUUUUUUUUUCCUUUUAAGAAAUCAGUUUUUUUUCUCCCCUAGAGAGAUUCUGUUGAUCCCAGAAGACAGAGGAGAAAGAGAGGCAGAGAAGAGAUGUCAGAGGGGGGAUCCAUGUUCCUGUCGUGAAGGAACGUUCAAUGCCUAUUGACACCUCUUCCUCUUCCCUCUUCUCUCGGUCCUCGAGGUUCCGUAAACGGAUUUGAUCUCUCCGACGUUUGGAUUCCGGGAGAAUUCGAAGAUGGGUGGGUGUGUAUCUUCGCACAGAAAACUCGGUAACGAGUUUCAGAAGAAGCAGAGGCGUGGAAGAUCCGGAAAGAGCAGAUCGAAAAUCUCUGCUUCAAUGCCAGAAGUCCCCAUCAAGAGGCUCAGCAAUGGUGGGGUGAGGGAUUUCGCCAUGAGCGAGUAUGUUCACCUCGACUUCGAGAAAGGUGCAGCCACCGUGUGCAAGAGAGCCGAGGUGUCCAACGUUAACUUCCGUUUAACUCAGCUCCAAUGGAACCACAGCCAGAUCGACGGGAACGGAAUCUCGCACGAAGAAGCUUGGUUCGAUUCCUUCAGUUACAUCGAUUCUGAUUCAGAUGACGGAUCUAGUGGGGUUUUCGAAGAUGCUUUCGGACAAAUCUCAAACGGGCAGAUGGUUCAGUACGAGGAAUUCUACGAGAGUUACGUGAAAAUCGAGGGAUGUAAAACCGAGACAUUCUCGAGCAAGAACGAAGUCAGCAUAAAGAGGAACAAAGUUACGGAUGAACCUCGGAGCAGUAGCUUCAAGGCUCUGAAACAGACAGCCUGGGAGGAUCAAGAACACCGGAAGAAAUCGAAAGUCGUUAUGCUCUCUGUUUGCAGGACGUCCAUCGAUAACGCAAACGAAGCGACGAAAUCCGAAUUCUCUGCUGCAGAAAGAUUCUUGUACCGUCCCAAAGCAGGAAUGCUGAUUCCACGUUCUUCGGGUGAUAAGCUGACUUACGGGUCCUGGUCAGAGAUUUGCCCGUCGGGUUUCAAGCUCCGUGGCCUUAAUUUCUUCAGAGACAAACAGAAGAAUCCUGCACCGAAAUGCAGCCCUUACACACCGAUAGGGGUCGAUCUAUUCGCGUGUUCUAAGAAGAUAAGCCACAUUGCUCAGCACUUGGAGCUUCCGAACGUGAAGCCACGUGGCGAGAUGCCAUCCCUUCUGAUCGUCAACAUUCAGCUCCCUAUGUAUCCGACCUCCAUGUUCGGCGAUAACAAUGGCGAUGGCCUGAGCCUUGUCUUGUACUUUAAGCUGUCUGAAAGUUAUGAUAAGGAGAUUUCUUCUCACUUUCAAGAAACUAUCAAGAGAUUCAUGGAUGACGAGACGGAAAAGAUUAAAGGGUUUACAAAGGAAUCCACAGUUCCGUACAGAGAGAGGCUUAAGAUCAUGGCGGGUCUGGUGAAUCCUGAUGAUCUUCAGCUCGGUUCUACUGAAAGGAAGCUCAUUUCUGCUUACAACGACAAACCCGUCCUCUCUCGUCCCCAACACGAAUUCUUUACGGGGCCGGAUUACUUUGAGAUCGACUUGGAUAUACACCGUUUCAGUUACAUUGCGAGGAAAGGGCUCGAAUCUUUCAGAGACCGGAUGAAACAUGGGAUUCUUGAUCUGGGUUUAACAAUUCAGGCCCAGAAGCCAGAGGAACUGCCUGAGCAAGUACUAUGCUGUGUUCGGUUGAACAGGAUUGAUUUCGUGAAUCACGGACAAAUACCAACGCUUAUGAGCAACCACCAGUGAUGGGGUUCUGGUCGGGAUACAGAGGAUGUCACAUGGAUAACAAUGGCGGCAACAGACCACACAGAGAUCUGCAUUGUAAAAUGGUGUGACCGGGAAUAAAUUGAUACUUACGAAAAGAUUCUUUUGUACAGAAAACUCUGCCCAAACGCAUCUCCAUCUUGAAUCAAGACUGAAACUUUUUCA